AUGGCCCAUAGGUCGCGGAGAAGUACACCCAGCAGCUCCUCUUCUUCACUCGAUGAGCCAGUCAAGAGCUCGACUGCUUCCCAUGCUCAGACUCGCGAAUAUGACCUAAGUCACACAGCGAUAUCCCAACACGACAAGAGUCCAUAUGGAUCGCAGCACGAAGAUCCGCCAUGGAAUCCGUACACCGAUCCUUAUGCCCCAAACGACUCUCGCGAUGCCCCAGAUUCGAUUCCCCUCGUUGCCUUUUCCUCGUCACGAUCAAACCAGCAUCAAAAUUCCUCAAAUGUCCAUGUUAUUCCAAUGGCACGUCCCGCAGGCUGGCUCGGUAAAUUCGAGCCUAUUCCAGUUGUUCGACUAUUGGUGCAUAUGAUCUUAUGCUUUCUUUCGUUUCCUGUCAUUUUUCUCGUUGCGCGCGCAGCGUCGGGCAUGUCCCUUUUCUGGACUCGGUUGAUUGUUGGUGGGCUGUGCGGCGGAGUGGGGCUUACGUUGGGCAUAUCCCUAUUGGAUCUCUCACGCGCCUGUAUUGAAGCCGCCCUAUGGGCUACGAUUAUUCACGAGUCCAUGAAGGGCGAAGUGGGGCACGAGCUCGACUAUCACACCCAUAAUCCUCUCAGCCCUUGGUCCGCCAUCCUUUUACUUUACAGGAAAUACGUCAAGCAAUUAUCCUCGCGCAAUAGGAAGGCUAUAAGAAGGCAUGACGACCGAACACCCUGGUGGCUAUGCAUCGUUCUCUUUUUGGUCACUGCGACGGUCGCUGCGAGUCUGGUGUUUGCCCUCGGUCGUGUGGUCGAUAUAAAUACCAUCCAACAAACCCAAACGAAAGAGUACUAUGAAGCCGCUGUCGCUGGUGAUAUCACAGCCGAGGAAAUUGCUCGGGCCACCACCAUAUUGAAUGAUACGCUUUCGCAAGUGAGAUACACAUGGACGAUCACCCCCCUUUCGUCUGCACAGCACGUUCCGACAGACCGCUACUUUUAUCUCAACCGAACCGAAAAAGAUGCGAAUGUGAUCAAAACAACGAUAGAAACUAUCCACUUUGCCGAGACAUUUACUUCGCAACUGGAUCCAGACCACCCCUUUGGGUUUGGGACCUUCCAGAACCAGAGUCAAACUGCCGGACUUACUUUGUCCGACGCUGGAAAGUCGGCUGGGCUGGAUGCAGGCAAAGGGCCUACAACCAAGGCGGUCGGGCAGAUUGCCAGAUGGCCUAGGUGGGGGUCGAGGAUAGGGUGCCAGGUUAUCGAAGAUUUAGGACGAUACUUAACACCCCAUUCGAGGCCGGCCAACAUGACAUAUCUCUUCGUCCCCUGGAAGGCGGUGGAUAGGAUAUUCGAGUACAUGGGCCUUGAUUCACCCCCCGCAGCCAAGUUUCGUCCGGUAAAUUUCACCGGUUUUAUGGAGGGAGAGGACAGACCCAAUGUUACAGCCCAGGAAAGCGAAGUUGCAUUGAUGUCAAAAUGGUGGGACAAUGGCGUAACGCAUUCGUUUUCUUGGUUCCCUGUUAAUCAAGGGGAAGACGGCAACGGAUGGGUCAGCAUCGAGAUAGUGAUGGUGCGAUUGAACGAGUCCUACACUGCGCCAAACAGCAGCUUCCAAGUCUAUGGCGAGCUCGGUAACCGAGAAAACCGAACUCGCAUCGGGUUUGAUGCUGCGAUUUGCGUAGAGGAAGUCCGGGGCUACGUCGUCGACGCGUACAACAGUAGCGCCGGUUCCCCCGUCUCGCUCGCGCUCAAGUACCAUGGGACCCAGCUGAACACGUCUAUGCCCACCAUAGGACAAGAUGCGUCCAAACAUGAAGUGCCCAGGCGCAUCGAGGAGCCGUUGUCGCAACCCGGAGUGGAGCCCGGAAUCUCGUCUGCGAACAAGUUUGCCGUGUACAAUGCCUCGCAUUACAACGCACGCAACAUCAUGCUCAAGGAUAACGGACGGGACUGGUGGUUCGCUCCCAAUCCGACGGUGGUGGCUUUUGGUGGAGGAAAUUCGCCAACCGAGUACACACAGCUAAAUGCGGAAAACAUCGCCCGGGUCAUGGCGAAUUCGGAUUCCCAGCAUCUGCUUCCGUACCUUGUUGGGUCUCAAUUAGUACUUGCGCACGUAUACCGAGAUAAAACGGUUGCAUAUACGUUCAUCUAUACUACCUGGCUCGCGAUCAUAUUAGCCGUCGUGUUGGUGAACGGAAUAGUCGUCUCGGUCUUUGUUCCACGCUUGCCUCUGGGUCUAUCUCGUAGAGACAUUGGGGUCAAUUCCUGGUUGGCUGCGAUCGAAGGCAAGUUGACAACUUGCCACUGCCAUCACCAUACUUUCCAAACCACCUUUUGCUGA